AUGGCGGGAUCCGUGUCAGCACCAGAGUUCCAUCCGUCUCUCAAGCGAAAACGAAGCUAUGAAGACGAUACUCAAGGCACUGAGCCUGCAGCGGCCCCAACCCCCAACGCGUCGCCUCUAGACCCUCCCGCGCAACCCACUUCGACCCCGGCCGACCCUCUGGCAAAGAAGUCUAAUGCCCAAGACUCAGUUUCCACCGAGCCAAAAGCCGACAAGAAAAACACUGGUAGAGGCAGGAAGUCUGCUUCGUCCAAUCCACGUUCACAAGCAUCAAAGAAGAGGACACAAUCGGCGCCGUGGCCAGAGUCCUUCAAGCGUCUUGCGCAGAUACAUCGCGCCCUGAACGUCGUGUAUACUUUUUGCUGCACACGCACGCACUUUGCUACGACCUUUGACAAUAUCAAGAAGGCGGUUCAGGCCCAGCUUGGCCAGGGGCGGGAGCUUACGGUUGAAGAUGUCGCGCGGGUGAAAGUACUGGUUCCUCGCGCCGUGCGGCUCGAGUAUGUCGAUGAAGCGAAGUUGGAGGUUAUGACGACUGGGGAAAAGGAGACAUCCGAAUAUGCAUUGCGCAAGCAGCACGGUCUGUUGACGGGCGCAGAUAUGGAGAACGGCCUCGACGACUCGGGUGCCACAAAAGACGUCCUGUUGUUUGAGUUCGUGGACGGCGACUUGAAGCGGGAAGUGCAGCAUCCCAAGACCGGGCAACCCACUAAACCCGUGCGCCGAAUGAAGGACGAAGAUCUGAAGAUGCCGGUCUAUAGCCAAAAGCAGAUGCUCGCUCUGAUCGAGAAGCGCAAUGUGAAAUUCUCUGACGCCGCCGAUAAAUUCCUUGUCCGGUGUGAGGAUCAAGGUAUUGACCCGGUUGAGUCUCUCGAGCAUGAGAAAAAUUCCUUGUUGCCCACGCCACCGGGCAGUGGUGCAAAUACCCCUGCCACAGUGGCUAAAGCUCCGGCUACAAUCCCCAAGGAACGCAAGUCAAUUGCAGAGAUUAUUGCGGAGAUUCGGGAAAUGGAGUGGUACCAUGCUCAAAUUGUCCCGGAAGGCCACCGGGUAUUUGAUGCUCAGUCGCCCGUUUAUGGGGAUCUGACGUUUCGACUGUCGCAAGACCUUGUCAACGCUCUGUACAACACCAGAGGCAUCACCCAGCUAUACACUCACCAAGCUGAGGCGAUAAAUCACUUGUAUGACGGCUACAAUGUGAUUGUGUCAACCUCGACCAGCUCCGGGAAAUCGCUCAUCUAUCAGAUCCCCAUGCUUCACGAACUGGAAAAGGACCCCAGUAGCCGAGGCAUGUACAUCUUUCCCACAAAAGCCCUCGCACAGGACCAGAAGCGCAGCAUGUCAGAUCUCCUGCAGUAUAUGGAUGGCUUGCAACAGACGAUGGUUGAGACGUUCGACGGGGACACGCCCAUGGAAAGUCGGAACCUGAUUCGCGAUGAAGCGCGGAUCAUUUUUACCAAUCCUGAUAUGCUACAUGUUACGAUACUACCGCAGGAGAGCGCCUGGCGCACUUUCCUGAAGAAUCUGAAGUUCGUGGUUGUCGAUGAACUUCAUGUCUACAACGGCUUGUUCGGGUCCCAUGUAGCCUUCGUCAUGCGACGGCUUCGCCGAAUUUGUGCUGCGGUGGGAAACCGUCAUGUCAGGUUCAUAUCCUGCUCUGCUACCGUUGCUAAUCCAGAAGAGCAUAUGAAGUCUGUUUUCAAUGUGCAGGAUGUGAAGCUGGUGGAUUUUGAUGGAUCUCCUUCCGGCCGCAAGGAGUUUCUUUGCUGGAAUACUCCCUUUAAAGAUCCCAAUGACCCGACUUCCGGGCGUGGUGACAGCGUCGCUGAGACUGCGCGUCUGUUUUGCCAACUGAUCCUGAGAGGGGUUAGAGUGAUUGCUUUUUGCCGGAUCAGAAAGCUGUGUGAGAUCCUCUUGCAGGCGGUGCGGAAUGAAUUCCAUGCCCUCGAGAGAACAGAAGUCGGCAAGAUGGUCAUGGGAUACCGCGGCGGUUAUAGUCCUCAAGAUCGACGCCGAAUCGAGAAGGAGAUGUUUGAAGGCAAGCUGAUGGGGAUCGUCGCGACCAAUGCUCUGGAGCUUGGCGUUGAUAUUGGGUCCUUGGAUGCCGUCCUCACAUUGGGAUUUCCCUAUUCGAUCUCUCAUUUGCGCCAGCAGAGCGGCCGUGCCGGACGGCGUAACAAAGAUUCCUUGUCGGUGCUUAUUGGAGAUAGGUACCCAACCGAUCAGCACUACAUGCAGAAUCCCGAGGAAAUUUUUACUCGUCCCAACUGUGAGCUGCAGAUCGACCUGGCGAACGAGCUCAUCCUUGAAGGGCAUGUCCAGUGUGCUGCCUUUGAGAUGCCCAUCCGGCCGGAUGAGGACCAGAUCUACUUUGGCGAGCAGCUCCUUGCGCUGACCGCAACACGCCUGAUAAAGGAUAGCCUCGGGUUUUAUCAUUGCCAUGAACGAUUCCGGCCACAGCCUUCACGCUGCGUCUGCAUUCGCGACACGGAGGACCAGCACUUUGCAGUAAUCGAUACCACGAACAAUCGCAACAUAGUCCUAGAAGAAGUCGAAGCGUCGCGGGCCUUUUUCACCAUCUACGAAGGCGGAAUCUUCCUGCACCAAGGCCAAACCUAUCUGGUCCAGGAGCUCAACCCAGAGCGUUGUUUGGCCCGCGUGGUCCGCGUCCAUGUCGACUGGAAUACCAUGCAGCGCGACUUCACGGACAUCGACCCGAUCGAGACGGAAACCAUGCGGCUCGUCGGCGUUGGUCCAGCCGCCUGCCGCGCCUUCUUCGGAUCAGUCCAGAUCCACGCCGUGGUGUACGGGUUCUUCAAAGUCGACAAGCGCGGCCGGGUCCUCGACGCCGUCGCCGUCGACAACCCGCCCAUCGACCUCCUCACCAAGGGCAUGUGGCUCGACGUGCCUAGCCGCGCAAUCGAGAUCCUCGAGUCGCACCGGCUCAACAUCGCCGCCGCCAUCCACGCCGCCGAACACGCCGUCCUGUCGCUGCUCCCGUCCUUUGUCAUCUCCUCGCCAGGCGAUGUCCGCACCGAAUGCAAGGUCGCAAAGAAGGAGCUCGGCCGUUCUCUCCGCCGCGCCCACGAAGCAUCCUCUUCGUCUUCAUCCAACUCUAAAAAACCUCCACCCCACCUCCAAGAAAAGCUCCAACCGCCCUCCCGCCAACGCCCCGCCCGUCUUACCUUCUACGACGCCAAGGGCGGGUCCUGCGGUUCCGGAAUUGCGAGCAAGGCAUUCGAGUUCAUUGGCCUACUUCUCCGACGUGCCGUCGCGCGCAUUGAAGCCUGCUCGUGUAUGUCGCCGCAGGGCUGCGUGGAGUGUGUCUGCGACGAGCGGUGCAAGGAGAUGAAUGUCGUGAUGAGCAAGGCCGGCGCUGGGGUUGUCUUGCGGUGUUUGAUUGGCUGGGAUGUCGAUGUGGAUGCCUUGCCGUGGGGCGAGGAUGUCGAUGGUGAGGACCUGGGCGAACUUGCUGGAGGGCUGGAGACGGUGGUCAAGGCUGGGGAGGUGCCGUGGAAAUCGGGCUGUGGGCCGAGUGAGAAUAAAUGUUGGAAUUAUUGUAGAUAG